AUGCCGCCCCACGAAGGAUUGGUCCACCCGAAGGAGUACGAUAUCAAGGACAGCAAUGUGGAGCUGAUUGGAUCUGACAUUGACCAUCAGGUCAAAUACAACUCGGCCGCCACCGAGCCCGCCUGGAACAACGGCAAAAUUGGACAGGAACCCGGACUCUUCGUCUGGCGAAUUGAGAGCUUCGAGGUCGUUCCUUGGCCCAAGGAGAGGACGGGAGAGUUCUUCAAUGGAGACAGCUACAUUGUGCUGCAUUCAUACAAGGUUGGCGACCAAUUAGGCCACGAUAUCUUCUUCUGGCUGGGAAGCAGGACUACCCAGGACGAGGCUGGCACCGCUGCCUACAAGACUGUCGAAUUGGACGAGUUCUUGCACGGCGCUGCGACCCAGCACCGUGAGGUCCAAGAACAUCCCUCGGAGGAAUUUGCGUCGUUAUUCCGUCGCAUCUCCAUCAGAUCCGGAGGCGUCGAAUCUGGAUUCAACCACGUCGAAGAACAGGCUCCAGAGGAGAUUACUACGCUUCUGCGCAUCUUCAAACACCCUGGCACUGGUCGCAUGGACUCCUACAUUGUAUACGAAGUGGAGCCAACCUGGAAGAGCCUCGAUGACCAUGAUGUCUUUGUCUUGGACAAGGGCGAGAAGAUCUGGGUCUGGCAGGGCAAGAACUGCAGCCCGAUGGAGAAGGCCAAGGCAGCCCAGGUCGUCAACGACAUGACUCUCGCCAAGCAUAUCGACGUCGAGGUUCUUUCGCAACUCGAAUCGAGAUCCAGAGUUGUCGUGGACUUGUUGGGAGGAAAGGAGGUCCAGCAAUCUUCUUUCCAGGCUCCACACCCUGUAUCCUUCCCCUCAAAGAGAGCACACGACGACAGUGGAAACGUCCGCCCGCGCAAACUGUUCAGACUCAGCGAUGCCUCCGGAACAUUGUCCUUCGAUCUUGUCAAGGAAGGCAAAGUUAGCCGAGCGGAUCUCGGUGGAAACGAUGUCUUCCUCUAUGAUGUCGGUAGCAAGCUGUGGGUUUACCAGGGCCUGGGAGCUAGCAGCAAAGAGAAGGCUGUGUGGCUCAAGGUUGCCCAGUCUUACGUCCGCCAUCUUCAACAAAACGACGAAAACUCAGACGCACACGCUGUUCCAAUUGCAAAGGUUCUGCAAGGCCACGAAAGCCCGGCAUUCUUGAAGGCGCUCGAUGCCUAG